AUGGCGGAUGCGCGUGGCGAGGCGGCGUCGAUCAUUUCAGAGAAUGACCACCGUCUAAGCGGGGGCGUGCGCAUCGAGGCACUUCAGGUCAUGAACCAUCAUGCUGAACGGUCUCACUUUGCUGCGCUAAGCUCCACUGGAAGGCCCGGCACAGCUUCUUCUCAGGACUCGUUGAUGACCCUCAACCUUGAUGACAGCGGAGGGGACAACAUCAACGUAGUCGUUCGAGUGCGGCCUCUGACUGACCAAGAAAGCGAGAGCAACAAGGCUCAAGCGCUGAACUACCCGGGUGAAGGACAAGUACUGGUGGAGGAGCCAGUAAGUGGCCAGACCAAGCUGUUCACAUUCACCGUGGUGUUCGAACCGGAGGCCACGCAGGAAGACGUGUUCGAGCACUGCGGCAUCAAGCGGCUCAUUGACAUGGCGCUCGACGGGUUUGCCAGCACAAUCUUGGCGUAUGGCCAGACGGGUGCCGGCAAGACAUACACGCUAACAGGAUCGCCGACGCCGGAAGGUGGGACCAGCGAACCAGGCAUAAUGCAGCUGACUUUCGGCUACCUUUUCGAGGAGAUCACGCAGCGCAAAGGAGUCGAGUACAUUGUGCAGGCCUCGUACUUGGAGAUAUACAAAGAGCACGUGCUCGACCUUCUAAACCCAUCGCACAGGACACUUCCCGUUCGCUGGUCGAAGGACAAGGGUUUCUACGCCGAAAACUUGUUUGUGGUGGAAUGCGAGGACCUCGGAGAUUUAGACGGUGUUCUAGAAGAAGGCCGCAAGAACCGCCAGGUGCGCAGCCACGACAUGAACGAACACUCAAGUCGCAGCCACAGCAUUCUGACCAUCAGCUUGGCUUCUGAAGUGCAUGACCCGGACGACCCUAACACGUUCAUCCGGCGCCAGGGAAAGCUGUCCCUCGUCGACCUCGCUGGGUCCGAGAAGACCAAAAAGACGCGCAGCCGAGGAAACACGUUCGUCGAAGCGAACAACAUCAACAAGUCCCUUCUUGUGCUCGGUAACUGCAUAUCAUGCCUAGCGGACUCUAAGAGGCGGACGGGCCAUAUCCCAUACAGGGACAGUACCCUUACUAAGCUGCUGGCCGACAGCCUUGGUGGCACUGGAAUGGCUUUAAUCAUAGCCUGCGUUUCUCCCAGUGCUUCCAAUGCCCACGAGACAAUCAACACUCUGCGGUAUGCAUCAAGAGCCAAGAAAGUCAAGACGAAACCAAUGAUUAGAAUGGACCCCCGGGAGCUGCUCAUCCUCAGUCUGCGCCGAGAAGUCCGUUUACUACGCAUGGAGAACAGCUAUCUCCGCCAACAGUUGCUGAACGGCGGUGGGCAGCUACACCUAAGCAACGUGCUAGCCGUGGGCGGUGAACCUUCCGAUGAUGGUGACGAGAAGACGCUCCUGCACAAGUACAUGGCUGAGAACGAGGCCCUCAGAAUCGAGAACGCCGCCAUGCACCACAUGAGGGAGAUGCUGGUCAGAGACCACGAGCUCGUCUGCAGGGAGAAUGAGCGACUCAUCAGAACUCUGGACAGCCUGGAGAAAAAAAAGACAUCAAUGCAGCAGCCUGGCUCUCCCAAUAAGCCACCGGAAACCACCAAGCCGCAGAUGGGAGGCCGUGCUGACGUAAAAGUGCCCAAGGAAAGAUCAGCUUCCAACCGGACCUGUGAGGAAAUCAAGCUGUCGCCCACAGUUUACAAGAUUGGACAAAGCCUGAACGACAUCGGCGGCAGCCCACAGACGGAGCGCAGGCGGCGUAACUCGUGGGGCACCAGCGGUAUACCCAAGCUCUCGUCCAACCCAAUAGUGGCCGCCCCGAAGCAGCGCCGCGCAGCUUUCAACAGGGUCAAACCAGCAGCCGGUACGUCCCUGUGUGCACAGAACACGAAUGUCGCAGCACCCAUUACGCUGACCAGGCAUAUACGAGUGCACGUACUUAAACGGGCCGGCACGGCCGCGCAAUGA